AUUUGAGAGUUGUACCAUCAACAGGAAGUGGACUGUCAUUCUGACUGUGUCCUUGUUCGCUAACGAGCUAGUUAGCUGGAACAAGAGGCGAGCAGAUGUGUACCAUUUGGGAAGAUGAAUUAAAACGUGCCUGAAGAGAAAAUAUUUGGACAUCUGCGUUGAUAACAGCACCAUGUUACGUGUUGGGAGCUCAGCUGCCUGGUGAGUGAGUGUUGAGGAGAGAAAAGCAGCGAGAGCUGACUUAGCCGGUCAUUUUGACAGCUGAGGACAGCGAGGCUUUCGGUUUGCUUAGUAUUAUCAGUCGCAUUACUGCUCAGUAGUUUAACAUAGAAAUAGUUACUUAAAUCCAUACCUUCUCCUGACACUGAAAAUAACAUGUAUUACAAAAUGCGAAGAGGUUCAUGUCGCUGUUGAGGGUUUUUUGUAGCUUCUUUAGCUUCAGAUAGCUUAGCUUGCUAACAGAUAAUGUUGUGUCUGUUUUGAGUUUGGCUCGGUUUUCAGCCGUAAUUUAACACAAAUUGGCUUACAGGCUAUUGUGACUUGAGUAAUCUCUUAUGUGUAGCUGCGUUACAUAACACGGUAACGCUUGUCUUGUAAGAAAACCUGUAAUUGUUAUUGUCACAUUGAUAAACACAGACCUGCCAGAACAUCAUGAACACCAAGGUAAUCUGGUGACAUGAAUUUACCUGGUCUAUGUGAUUUCAUUUAUAUCACAUGACUUCAUGUAGGGAUGCACCGAUCCGCUUUUUUCACUUCUGAUACCGAUACAGUUAAGUAUCGGCCGAUACCGAUCAAAUUCCGAUACAGAUAAGCUGCACAGAAUUACCUUUUGUUGUAACUUGACGUUUUACCACCGUCUCUCGGAAUGUUUACUGCGCAGGUAUUGCAAUUGGCCAUCAAGCUUAUAGGUUGAGGUAUUGUGAUAAAGUUCAAGAUAGAAAACCCCUUUGCUAGCUCUAUUUAUGAAAACAAUGUAGAUGUCCACCCAGCGUGUUUACUUGUGGCACAUAGCAUAGAGUUAGAAAGGAUAGAUCGGCCCCCAUGCAUUGGGCCCAUUGUCACGAUACCCGAUCUAGAAUUUUCUUCAGUAUUGGGACCGAUACCGAUAUCAAAUAUGGGAUUGGUGCAUCCCUAACUUUAUGGGACUCUCUGACCAGAGCUUCCCCUAGUCUGAUAUGUUUACCUUUGGUAGUCAGAGUACUUAAAUGAGCAUGUCUAAUUUAUCUACCUAUCUAUCCAUCUUUCAGCAUGGCCUGCAGGAACCUGGUCUCCACCAACAUGGGGGUGAGAUUUCGGGUACCCCUGCAGAAGCUUCACCCUCUGUCUCGUGCCAUCCACCACCGCUACUCCGGCAACACCAACCCUCAGCGCCCACCUCAUUGCACUGCAGCUCGUUAUUUCACUUCCAUGUCACGGUUACCCAUGCGAUAUCCCAAGCCUCCCCCAGGAUCAGGGGGCCGUGGCUACCAGCAGCAGCGCAAUUUCUGGGUGGCUCGCCUUGCUGCCCGGCUUCUGAAGCUUCGAUACAUUCUGCUGGGCACAGCAGUCGGAGGAGGCUACACAGCUAAGAAGGCCAGUAAUAGAUCUCUGGAACUCAGGCUUUCUUAACUAUUCUUUACCUUUUUUCCCCAUAAACUAGUGCUGAGGUCUAAACCAUCCUUUACUCCAAAGUGUAAACUUGCCAUAUUAAGCACAUGAUAAACAAACAAAAGAAAAACCAGAUUCAGUCUCAUCUUGAAUUUGCCAUUGGUGUCACAUGAAGCCAAACCUUUCCCCAGCUACUCUUAAGAAUUAUCCCUUAUCUUUCUAUCCGUGGUUGCACAAUGACUCCUAUAAGGAAAAGCUGAAAAGUUUUCAUUCCUGUGAAGGUUAUAUUUACUCUCUCAUUUUAUUUUCAGACCUAUGAAGAGUGGAAAGACAUGCUGCCUGAUUUUAGUGAAUACAACUGGGUCAUUCCAGACUUUGUGUGGGAACUGAGUGAACAAAUUGAUUUCGGUAAGAGUUCUUAUUUUAACGUAAUUUCCUUGUAAAUAUUGUCAGAUUUCAAGGAAUUCAACUGGACUAAUGGACCUCUUUGCAGCCUGAAUGCAUCCUAGUUUUUAUUUUUCUUUAUCAUGUCAAGAUAUAAUCAAUGAAAUCUAAAGGUUUUUUUUAAAGAGACACAUUUGUCUGAAAGCCACCAGUGAAAGGGUCUCACUUUGCACUGAGACACAGUUGGUGGGUGGCAAGACGUUUAGGACUUAGUAUGGAGAAGCAAAAGAGAAGCAAAGGUUAGAAUUACAGUCAAGAGAAGCAGAGUUCAUGUCCACAUUAUGAUUGUAUAUUCAAACAUGAAUUAUGGUGGCUAGCAAGCCAAAAACACAAAGUGAUUAUUACUUUGAAAUGAGUCUUUUGAAUUUUGCACCAUGAGGUAAAACUCUGUACCCAUCUGUCUUCUUUACAAGCUACUGUUUCUGUAUCAACAGAUAAACUGGCCAAAGCUCUACCAGAGAUAGAAGAAAUAGCCAAACUACUACCUGACCUAGACAAAAUAGGAGAGAACUUCACUUUCAUCAAAAGCCUCCUCUCAUCUGGUAAGUAAACAAAGCUUGAAGUAUUCCUUUCAGUGACUACUUCAUAGAAAAAUCAGAAUAAUCAUUUUUACUAUCAAUAUGUGUUGCAAUGACUGGUUUUCAAAUUAUGCGUUUCAUUGCAUUAAUAGUAGAACACUAGCAAACCUCUUGUCUGCUUCUCACUGGUUUCUUUUUCAUAGUGUUCCUAAUCACUGCAAUUUACCAUUCUUUCAAUAUUAUACUUAUAAGCUUCUAAUGUGACCUUAACAGAAAGAGAUUUCACAGACUGAGCUGUUAAACAAUACAGAUAAGUUACCUGCGCCAUAUUGCAAAGGUCUGCUUUAUUUUUAGCUCCAGCCCUUCUUUAUGUAACCAUGGUUGCUUUAAUGGACCUACAAAAAGACAAUUUUUUUACACAAGAUAACAGGUAUUAAAUGUGUUUGAAUCUGUUAAAUUGUUUGAAAUUCGAGUGUCUUGUUCAUAAAGACUUUCUUCAUAUUUCCAUAAAGAAAGUUGUUGUGACUGAACAAUCCACUGUUCAAGAGUUUCAAUUGCAACGCUAAUAAACUCCAAAUUUCUCAGAUAACUCAAGUACCUUCUAGCCCUGUUUUUCUGAUUCUAAUUUAAUCAUACAAGAUCCAAUCAAUUUCAAUGAUUCAAUCAUUCAAGUUAAAGGAUAAAGACAUAAUACAGUACUCAUAAUGCGUAAUUAAAAAUAAGAUGUUAAGCCUUUUAUAUAUUUUGGUCUCCUUUUGGAUCAAGCCUAGUUCGGGGUGUGCUUAUCCCUUUUAACAGUUUCUCAUUAAGUGGCUGCUUCACUGAAGCUCUGGCACAGCAAUUGCUUUUGGUUGCGUUCACGUCAACUAGCUGUGUCCCUGCUUUGACCACCGUCCCUCAGCUUCUGUCUGAUAUGAUUUUGAUGUUCUUCCUUUUUUUUCCUCCUCCCCUACCCUCCUGUCCUCCUCAACAUUCUUCACAGGUGUGAGUUUGGGUAGUGAAGUCAAAGGAGCUUCUGGUCUGCAUCUGUUGUUAGGUGUGUAAACCUGCACUCUGUAGCGCCGCCCCUCCCUUCUUUUCUCUCUGCUGCUGUUUAACCCCCACCCCCCCUCCACCCCCGUUGCCGUGGCAUCAGUAUUGUCGCGGGCUCAUGCUUGGUUGGCUGCCUUGGAUGGCUGCCUUGGAUGGCUUGAAAGGUAGUAGAAGAGCAUCUUCCAAGGAUGUUGGCUUCCAGGUUGCAGACCAGUACUGCUGAUUAUGAUGGCAGCAUUUAGUACCGACACAGUAAUUCAGGGGUGUGAACAGUCACAGGGAUUGUGAAAACAUGUUAACUAGGACUCCGAUUAUUGAAUGAUGAUAUACAUUGAUUGAUCAUCCAAUUCUAUUUGGCAGAAAAUCGUCAAGUCCCUCACUCUACAAGUUCCUCUCUCCCUCUUUCCGAAUUAUUUGGCAAUCCAGGGAGCUGACCUGUUAACGCUCUUAAAGGAAAGUGUUCAAUGAAAAUCUGCUACAGUUAAAAAAAGGUGUUUUUCCUGGUCUGAGAAGCUCUUUAAUGCAGAUAAAGAAUCUCCCUCUUCAAUUUUGUUAUUUCUUUAACCUGACUGUCCUUGGCUAUACUUCUUCCCCUCUGUGUGUUUUUCUGCCUCCUUUGACUUCCACCCUUCUCCCCUUCUGGCCUGGAUUGGCUGUUUCCUUUAACUACAUUAACACUCACGAAUCUUUGGGGUGCUCUCAUUCUGUCUUUAUUUACUCCUUCUCAAAUGUUUGGAAAAGCACCGAAAAUACCAUGAAAAUAACUAUCCUAAUUCAAAAUGUCAUGAUUUUAAAAGGCAAUAAUUCUCAUAUUAUGUCUGUUUGGUAAUAAUAAUGAUCUAAAAUAGGUUCAGAUUUGGUGAUGAUCAAAAAUGAUCAUUAUUUCGCCUGUGAUGAUAGUGAUAGGUUGAUUCUAAUGUAACUGGAUAGCAUUAAGAUUGCUUAAAGGAUAACUUAAUCUUCUGAAGUCAUUUAAACAGAACUUGGCAGACCAGACAGGACCACGCCUCUGCUGUGAAUCAUAAAGCCAGCUAGAAGACGUGUUUAUGGAUCUGUUUUCCUUCUGUUCUCAUGCUUUCACACCCUGACAAAGCUCAAAGGAAUUCUGUUUCAUCAACACCUAAGUUGUUAUAUUCAAACAUACAGCGUAGUGGCUCUCUAAGAACGGUCCCAGUUUUAGUGCUAACAGAACGUUGCGUGUUUAUUAGCAUGGUCAUUCAUGUCGUUACACAAAUUCUCUCAUAAAUCUAGUUCCUUUGAUAGAUGUAUUUUGUCCAGCAUGCAUUAAUAGCUUUUCUUUAGCGCCAAUACCAAAGUUAACUUCACAAACUGCUCCCACCCAGAAAAUCCACCAGGUAAUUCACAGUAAUUAAUAAUGUACAACUAGAUUUAUGAACUAAAGUGUCUUCAGGAACUUGUGUUGCAGUUAAUAUUUACUUUUAGUUAAUAUUUACUUAUACUUAUUAAAAGUAUUUUGACUCUUAUUCUGAUUCUUGAACAAAUCAAAUAGCAGCUACAUACUUAUUCUUUAAAACGGUAUAUUAGGGGUCCUAGUAAUUAACAUUAAUAAAUAGUUAAUAAGCCUCUUAUAAUACCCUAUAAAACUUUAAAACUUAUUAAGUGCCUAAUAAGGAUUUAUUGAUCUCAAUAAAUCUCUGUUUCCACUUUAGAUCCAGUCGCUGCAAAGGAGUAUUGUUAGCUAUCAAGAAGUAUUAAUAAAUGAUUUAUUUAUUUUCAUGAGGCGUCGUCAACAUCGUCAUCAUCAAGGCUCUUGAUUUUUGCUGUACUAUAAAUAUAGACAUUUGUAAAAUUAGAAAAACAAAGAAACAGCACGGUGUAAGAUUUUCCAAACAUUUGAAAUUCAAACACUCUUUAUUGUCUCCAUCUUUCUGAUCGUAGACAUGUUUUAAACCGCAACCUGGUGUCUCCUCCACUGUGGGCAUCAUAGUCUCCCUAAGCCUCUUUAAUUUCAAAAUCAGCACUUGGUAGCCGAUGGUGCAUUUAAACAAGUAACCUUAUUCUGUUUUGUUGUGUCUCCUUUGGUAGAAACCUCAGGCGAUCCUCCGCUUAAUGCUGCAGAUUCAUCUGCCGCUGCCACACAAGAUAGCAGCGACAAGCAGUACAAAAAGGCAAGUGACCAAAACCUUUUUUCACUUUUAGGCUCUGACCUCGCUGCUUCACCGAAGCUUGUUCUCACUCAGCUCCUGUCCGCAGCUUGGCUACCUUUCACUUCAGUGGGAAGACCUGCACUGGACUGAAUUAAAGUAUAACCAAUGAUGAAACAUAUUUACUCUUUUGAAUAAUGAAGUUCCUCUGAUUGUGAAUUGUGAGUCUUACACUGGCUGUCAGACAAAAAUUCAGUCAGGAUAAGGUUGUUAUAGCCAUGUUGCAAUGACAUGAUAAGAACAUGGCUCUUUUAUUAAGGCCAUGCAGUAGAAGUAUCACUAGAUAAGUUGUUAGUUUUCCAAGCAUACAGUAAAGUUUCACCACAGUGAACUUUUUCAUGGUAUUCUGAAAAAAGGUGUAUGUCCUUGCUCAUUCUUUCAGAUUCAGAUCCGAGAAAUUAUGUCAUUAAGUCAUAUAUUUAUCACUAAUUCAAACUGUGGCUCCUCUCCUAGUCGAGUUUCUCAGCCAUUUUUCCAGGAAAUCAUGUUUAUAGAGGCUAUUCCUGUUCCAGCUUUUUAUUUAACCACUUUAGUCUCUUACUAAACCCUCAAGAUGUAUAUCUGUCUCAUUUCCAUUCAUUAUGUCUUUCUGUUCUUUCCAACAAAGCAACCUGUUUCAGUGUCCCUCUGCUUGAUAUUCCUGUGCUCUGUGUUUUGUAAAAAAAAAAAAAAACUCCAAAAAAGUUUAUAUUUAAAAAAUGUAUAUAUCAUUAAUAUACAGAAAAAACAAUAGUUGUUGCUUACUUUUUCUUUGCCCUGCUUUUAGUCUGCAAUCAUGGUCCCCAACAUGAGCAAACAUUUGUGAUGUUCCUCCUGAAUUUUUAUUCAACAGAUUCUGAGUAUUUACAGACCAGAAAGAAGAAAGAUUUUUAAAAUGAUAAUUAUUCAUAAUGACGUCAUGUUGGGGAACCCUGAGCUACACUUCUCAUGCUUAGCCAAAUUCUGUGCUUUCCCCUGAUAGAAAGAUACGCUAUAGCCUGCUUUGCUAAUAUAAUCAUCUUCAGCUCCAUGAAGCUUUUUAUGUUCCAAACUGACCAACAUCAUUGUGUUGCACAUUCAAACAUUGUAGAUCCUAAUAAACCAUGUAUUUUACACUGCUAAGUGUAAAUAUGAUGAUCAGUCACAGUGUUUCCUGAUGUAUAGUGAACAUACAGUCUGAUGUCUAAAGUGGUGCUUGACGGUGAGGAAAGACCUUGUGUUGUUGCCACUUGCUGAGAGGUGCUGGUUGUGGUAUUAGUAACCUCCUCUGCCUUCAGUCUGGCAAAGUUUGACUCCUCCCUUCUGUUUGUGAGAGAAACUGACUUUGUUGGGUCACACUGAUGUUGGUGGCAAGAUUACCAAAGCCAAAGUCCUUAGGUCUUUAAAACUUGAGCUUUGACUGUGUCAUGAUUCUGAGACACUUCUGAGAUUCAUGAGACGGAGAACCACAGGUCAGGUUUCCUCUGUUGUUGCCCUGUGUUUGGAUGCAGCAAUGCCUGUAUGACUGACCAGCCCAAUGGCUGGUUGUUGUCUUUUUGCUGCUCCUGCUUGUCUCUCAUUAUGGCGUACCUCAGCAGGGUCUGCUUGGCGAGCUCAUUCUUAUUCAACAGCAGAUCCAGCGGCACGAGGAGGAGGUCCGGCGGGCCGCAGCCGCCAAUAAUGCGCGUCCCCCACCGCCAGAGCCUGCUCCCAGUCCGCCUCCGAACCCCAACCCCCUUCAACAGAAACGCAAGGUGAAGGUCCCCACCCACUUAGAUCGCCCUAUCCCACCAAUGCCUUCGGAGAGAAAUAGAACUUAAAAACACUCUAAAAGCAAGCCAACUUUUACAAAAUAAGAAAAUAAUUCAACACCAAGCUGAAAAGCAGUUUCAUGGCCUCUCCUAUGAGAGUUUCAAGUCUGUUGAAACUGUUUGGAUGUGCUCAGAAGUGUACUUUGUUGCAUGUGUAAGCACAGCCAAUACUCCUUUUACACAUCCAGUCAGUAUAAUAAGUAAAAAACUUGUACCAACCACUAGAGAUAAGUCACAACAGAUCUUCAGCUGGUGUUCUGUCUCUACAAUUUAAUUUGUGAGAUUAGAGUUAACACUUUGGAUGUCCAAAGAAAAUAAAUAUUAGAACUAAAGCUCUAAAUUUGAGAGUACUCUAAUCCAGCAGGGAUGAGAGUACUUCAACAUGAUCAGCUGCAAAUCAGUCAGUCAGCAGCUGUAUAGUAUUUCAGUGAUGCAUCUAUACCAUGAAUACAGUAUUUCAAGAAUUAAUUCCAUCAUGGUUGCAUGAUAAUUUUAUGUAUUUUUUUUUAACACAUUGAUAAGCCAUGAUGUUAGUGUUUUUCACAUCAUUUUGUAAACUUUUAAGCUAAUUAGUUAUACUUUUAGUGCAGACAAUGUGGCAUUUCAUUACUCUAGUCUGUCCCCAACAGUAGCCGCCCUUUACAAACUCACAUAGUUUUUCAGGCUACCUAAGAUUCUCUUGUCCUGUUGGUGGAGAAGGCGUGAACGCUCUUUCGUAGGAGAGUAAAAGGCAGCGCAGUGUCGCUCUCUCAUGCAAAUGGACAGAUAGUCGUCAGCAGCACUCCAUUCAUGUUCAGAUGCAGUGCAUGGAGUGGAGUGGCAACCCGCUGCAUGGUGUGAGCUGCACUUUUUUUCUCAAGCUAACUUGAGUGUUUCGAAGGUAGAGGCCUUAGACAUGAGUAGUUCUGUGAUGUCUCCAUACAUUCUUCCUUAGAGAAAUCAACACUUGAAUCCACUGUUGGUGAUUUAGAGCAAACUUUUCUAACCUCCUGUGUGGUCUAAAAUAGUCUUUGAUAACAUAGUUUGGUGUGUUUCUUAAAUCCCCUUUCUUUUGCUUUGAAAUCCCAUUUGUCUGUGUAAUCUGUGUCUACGCUCUCUGUCCUGUCUCUCAUCCUGAUGAUAAUAAUGCAAGUGUAUCAGAUAUCAGACAAUCGUUCUGUCUUUCCUGAAAAUCAGGUUGUAAUGUCUACAUAAUAUUCUGAUCAUCUUCAGCUGUAUUUUCAAGGACUCACUCUGUAAUUUUUGUUUGUUUGUGAAUCAGUAGCUUUUUGAUCAAGCCUAAAUAAUACCUGGAUGAGUUUUCUGCCUGAAAUCCGGUUUAUGUCCCUCUUUUCUGAAUCCUCAUCACUGGUCCUCUCUGAGAUUCACUGUGUGCACGUAAUCAAUUUUGGCGGUGCUUGUGGGAUUUUGUGCUUGCAAAGUUGCACAGCUAGAGCGACGAAAAGGCCUCGUUUUCAUAUAAGAGAAGAAAGACUGCAUUAACCUAUUUUCUUGCUGCUCUUUUUUAUUUGAACCUUUAGUCAUCUGACAAGGAAAAGAUAGAUCAGCUCCAAGAAGAACUGCUCCGUACCCAGGUAUAGUGGAUUGGUUUUACUUGCAUCUGGUCUUAAGUAAGAUGGUUUAAACAGAACAUGCAAACUAUCCUUACAUGUUUAGAGUUUUUGAUGUCCAGUUUUCAUAAGGCUCAGGGUCAAUAACAUGGCUUUUUUUUUUAAUGAUGAAAACUACCUAUAAAGAUAAAGAUAAAGAAGUCCUCAACCACCAUCCAUGUUUUCCAUUAAAAUUGUUAAUGCAGUGUUGCUGAUGUUGAUGUUGCUGUAUUUUUGGGUGGACUAUGUUGUUUAUCAUCCAGUUAAAAUAUCAGCGCAUGCUGGAGAGACUGGAGAAGGAGAAUAAAGAGCUGAGAAAAGUGGUCUUGCAGAAAGACGACAAGGGGAUUCACCAAAGAAAAGUGAAGGUCGGUGUUUUUAUUUUUGGUUUAAUUGCCUACAGCGCAUCCAUAAUUCUCCCCCGCCUUAAGUUGAUCCAUCUUUGCAUUGUCACUUGGGAUAGAACUGUCGCUAACUUGUUACAUUGUGACGAUACAAAACACUUACAUGUGUCACUUUUGUGUCAUCCUGUAGAAAUCCCUUAUUGACUUGUAUUCAGAAGUUCUGGACAUCUUGUCUGACUAUGAUUCCAACUACAACACCCAGGACCACCUGCCCAGAGUAAGGAGCAGUCAGAUUUCAUUCUACAUCCACUUGAAAAUGAAUUUCUGUUCAAAAGGAUUUUUCUAAUCCUAAAGUCUAUAAACCUUGUACUGUUUCUAAAGACCCUGGUUACUUGUUCAUGAGUUUUCUACAGUGUUAUAUAUUACCUUUUUCCUUCUAUAUUUGUUAUGUCCUUCUCAUUUUUACCUCUCUGUUCCAGGUGGUUGUGGUUGGGGACCAGAGUGCUGGUAAGACCAGUGUGCUCGAGAUGAUCGCUCAGGCCAGGAUCUUUCCCAGGGGCUCAGGGGAGAUGAUGACACGCUCACCUGUUAAGGCAUGUGAAACCAGUCCAGCUGAUGUUUUUAUUAUUUUCUUUGUUAAAAAAAAAAAAAAAAAAACAGAAAAAGUUUUUACUCUUUGUAUUUUUAAAAGCAGUUACUUCAGUUUCUCUCUCCUCUUCUCUCUGCAGGUAACACUGAGUGAAGGCCCCCACCACGUUGCCAUAUUUAAGGACAGUGGCCGAGAGUUUGACCUUACCAAGGAGGAAGAUGUAAGUCUCAAAAUGAAUGGAUGAAUUUUUCAUGUUCACUGUUAUAUCUUCUCUGUUAUGUCUGCUCUUAUAUCCUCUUCUGUCCUUCAGCUUGCUGCUCUGAGGCAUGAAAUCGAGCUGAGAAUGAGGAAGAGUGUGAAGGAGGGACAGACAGUCAGCUCAGAGGUAAGUUAUAGAGCUUCCACUCAUAUGUCAAAUAAAGCCAGAACUUACUUAUUCCCAUCUUUCAUUAAAAAAUCAUGUACAUUUUCUUCAUAUCAGACAAUAUCCUUGAGUGUCAAAGGUCCCGGCAUCCAGAGGAUGGUUCUUGUUGACUUACCAGGUGUCAUCAGUGUGAGUAUACUUUCAUAAGAUAGUAGAAAUGCAUUGCUCUUAGUUCUGGUUAUAAACUGUCACCCUUGUAUAAGCCAGUUGACUGAAUUUGUCUUGAAAAAUCUGUAUUACUUGUUUUUUAAUGUUUUGUCAAUCUUUGCGUGUUGAAGACGGUGACCACAGGCAUGGCAUCAGAUACUAAGGACACUAUCUUCAGUAUCAGCAAGGCCUACAUGCAGAACCCCAAUGCGAUCAUCCUCUGUAUUCAGGGUGAGCGAAGACUUUUCUAAUUGCAGCACUAAACAUACUUAUCAAUGGACUUUCAGAAGACAAACUUAAAGACCCGCUCCCUUUGUGCCCCAUCACUGUCUUCUUAAAAAAUGCCUAAAUACUAGCCUUUCAUCUUUUUCAUACUUCUUAUAAUCUCCAUAGUCAUGUAAACUCUAAUCAAAUCUUCUCCGCUCUUCCUUGUCUCUAUACAGAUGGCAGUGUGGAUGCAGAGCGGAGCAUUGUAACAGACUUAGUUAGCCAGAUGGACCCUCAGGGGAAGAGAACCAUAUUUGUUCUGACAAAGGUGGACUUGGCUGAGAAGAACCUUGCCAGUCCGAGCAGAGUAAGACCGCUUAUAGUGAUAAAAGCAUAGAGAUGGGCAAUAAAACAAUAAGUAAAAGUUGAAUUUCUUAACAUAAAAUUUAAAAAGUAUUUUUGAAGUGUAAUUUCAAUCAUGAUCACUAUCAACCCUUGGUAAAUGCUGUAAGAUGGCACAACAGUAAGUACACAUGUAGUACAGCUACAUUAGCAGAAAUCUUACAACCAGUGUGUAAAGCAGCAGCCUGUAUUAGCGGAGCAAUACUCAACAGCUCCUCCAGAGGGUGCUAAUUACUUAAUUUUACGCUGCUGUUUCACUAAGAGAAAAGUGAUGGGGAAGCUUGUACUCAUCAGUGGACUGACAAAACAACUAAAAAAACAUUUUCUCUUUUAGAUCCAGCAAAUAGUUGAAGGCAAGCUGUUUCCCAUGAAGGCCCUGGGCUACUUUGCUGUAGUGACAGGAAGAGGUAACAUCACACUGCCUUUGAUUUCAUGUCAAUUAUUGAGAACUGUCUGUCACACUUUUGUGGAGAACCUUUCACGUGUAACCAGGAUUUACUGAACUGUAGUUUACUCACAGCUUGUUCUGCUGUUUCCUUGUGCAGGGAGCAGCAGUGAAAGCAUAGACUCUAUAAAAGACUACGAGGAAGACUUUUUCCAAAACUCCAGAUUACUAAGGUGAGUGACACCUCAUUCCCCCAAACUUGAAUUCCUCUUCAUAUGAAUUGCUUCAAAGUUGACCAUGCCCGUAUCUCUUUGCAACAAGGGACGGCAUGCUGAAGGCUCACCAGGUGACCACGAAGAACCUGAGCCUGGCUGUCUCAGACUGCUUCUGGAAGAUGGUUAGGGAGUCUGUGGAGCAGCAGGCAGACGUCUUCAAAGGUAUGAAUACAUUGAAAUACACAAGACUAACCAUGAUUCAAACAAGGGGGAACUGACUGCUUUUACUUUUUGUUUUCGCCUUUUGGUAUAUGACUAUUACCAAUUCCUGUUACAGUCACAGAUGUGUUUUAAUAAUGUGAAUGGGCAUGAUGCAUAUUUCUCUGUUAACUGUACAGGGAACAGAUGCUAAUCCCCUUCUUCUUCUGACUUCCACACCUCCCUGUAUUGGCUUUACUCGGCCACACUUGUCCACAAUCCGGCCUCCCAACUGCAAUUAGUCCGAACAAUCACAAGCCAGUUGCUAACAGUACAGGAGAUUUAUGGCUUUGAAACUGCAGUUCCCAUAGGUCCAUUGUGUGGUGUAUCGAUCCAUAUCCUGUCAAAUCACACACAGCCGGCCUCCAUCCUCCCUGCUUGGCGCCCAUGUGGCCCCACAACCAGCAAUUAGCCUAAUCUCCACUGUGGAUAGGGAGCUGGGGAAAGGGACAGCAGGCUUGGGGUGUGUAUGUGUGUGUCUAUGUAUGUAUGUAUGUAUGGAUAUGUGUGUGCAUGUGUAUGUGCGCACAUACCUGAGAAUUAAAACUGGCUUUUGAUAUAGAGUGUGAAAUUGGCCCCAAACCCUCUCUUCCCAAGGGACCAGUUAAGACAGUGAGAGUGUCCUCACCCACUUUAAAGGAUCGGCACCAUUACGAGUCUGAAAGCUGCUUUUUUAUCAUACCGAGUUGAAACAAAGGAGGCCCUGCACUUGUGCACUCAUUGCCUGUUGAGCAUCGAGACCUAAUGUUAGAUGAAGCAUAACACUUAGGCUGAGAAAGUAGGGUAUGAGAUUCAUGUCUGCAUGGUGAUAUGCACUUAUAAAGUGACAUUAAUGUGGGGGUUUCAUUACAUUUCAAUAAAAAGAAUAAAAAUGUGUAGGAAACAAAUUGAAAAUUAAAUAUUGUUAAAUUUUCAGAUGUUUAAGUUGUGAUAGAAGGUUAAAUCAAAUGUAUACUGUUGCUGUCCAUCUUUCCCUCAGCGUCUCGCUUCAACCUGGAGACUGAAUGGAAGAACAACUAUCCUCGUCUGAGAGAGCUGGACAGGGUGAGAAAUAAGAAUACACAGAGAGGAAAUAAUUUUAGCCAUUUUAAAAAACAGAGAGGUCGCAUAUCAAUAUUUUUCUAAAAACAAACAAACAAACCGACUAAUGGUUUUGACUCUUUGCAGAAUGAACUCUAUGAAAAAGCCAAAAAUGAAAUCCUGGAUGAAGUCAUAAGUUUGAGUCAAGUGACUCCUCAACACUGGUAAGUCAAUGAAACAGUCUUACUCAAAGUUUAAGUCUUUGGUUUGGAUUCUUAAAAAUGAAAUCUUUACUCCUGAUAAAACUUUUUUAGGUACACAAACAUUGGUUACAUCUAAAAAAUCUGUAUUUUUGGUUUGACAUACGGUAUUUUUACUUUUGUUUAUUCACAUACAAAUAAAAUCUUUAAAGGUAGGGACAGAAUUGAAAAUAUAAAACAGACAUUACUGUUGUUAGUCCAUGUUUUUGUUUCCACUCUAUACAGAUGUCUCAAAUAAGUUGCACCUAAUUUAGUCUGAGAUCUGAAAAUGUGUCUGUCUGGUCUAAUAUCAGAUGGAUCAUUAAUUUUUACUGAAGCAAUCGUCCAGGUUUGAAUAUUAAGUUAUUUUCAGAGCAAACUGCAGGUCCAUCUUUGUAUGUAUUUACACUUAGGCUUGAAUGUGUUGUUCUUCCUCAUCCCCGGUGAGGAAAACCUCGCUAAAUGAUAUGUAUGCAUCGUUUGCGGUUGUCCCAAGUGUGCGUACCGUCACUUCUGGCUGAUCAAUAGUCUGAUGAAUGGCCCAUGGAUGGGAACAGGGGUGGCCCUGUUAGCCAGCCUGCAGCCAGCCAGCAAUAUUGGAGAUAGUGCUUAUUGACAGUGAGGAGUGUUAGCCUGAACAAAAGGCAAGCCUAAUGAAAUAUGAGCGUGUGUUUAUGAUAAAUGAGAGCGGCACAACCCUGGCUUUGUCUAUAAGGGAUUCGGGGAGGGUUUUGUUUCUUUGCCACACUUCUACUGAGGGAUUUAGUGGGAGUGUGGAGGCUGGUAGCCGCUAACAGGGUCAUAUUAAAGCUAUACUGAAAACUACAGUACAAGUGUGAUCGCAGAGGCACUGAUCAAACAAUUGAAAGAGGCUCAAGAAGAAUUCCCUCUCACUUUAAGUUCUGUCUCUAAACAUCGUCUCUUUCUGUCCCGAAUUUGACACAUACAGCUACUUUGUUUCCAGCCUCUCUUUUUUAUUAAGCUAUCUUAAUGCACCACAAGUGUAUUUUAAAACAAAAAAUGAAAUAUAAGUGUUGUAUAUUGGGCUUAGUGGCCUAGGGUUUACAAAACAAAAAUAUCUUCUUUCCUGUAGUUACUGGAGGUUGAAAAAUCUUCUUUUAUCCAUUCAGGGAGUCAAUCCUGCAGAAAAAGCUGUGGGAACGUGUUUCUACCCAUGUCAUCGAGAACAUCUACUUGCCUGCUGCCCAAACAAUGGACUCUGGUACCUUUAACACCACAGUAGACAUCAAGCUCAAGCAGUGGACAGACAAGCAGCUUCCUCACAAAGCUCUUGAGGUAAUACUGGCUGGAUUAUAAGACUGUUCAUAACAUAAACAUGCCUUCUUCAAGAUGGGUGAAAUUUAGCCGAGUGAAGUUUUGCUUAACUGGUAUUCAGAGUAAAUGUGAAGCUGUGGGUUUUUGUUCAAUUGAUUUAUUACUGGGCCUGUUUCUUAUUGCACUGUUCUUGUGGCUAUUUAAUGGUUUGUCCAUAGAGUGCAGAAAUAAUGGAGUAAUUAGGUAAUAGUGUUAAAGUAAUGUCGGCCUACUCUCACCCUGCUAUACUUUGCCUGCCAUUAGGUUGCCUGGGAGACACUGCAGGAAGAGUUCGCCCGUUUCAUGGCUGAAUACAGAGGCAAAGACCAGGACGACAUUUUUGACAAGUUAAAGGAGGCUGUGAAGGACGAAAGUAUCAAGAGGCACAAAUGGAACGAGAGGGCAAUGGACAGCCUGGUAAACACGCAGUUCAAUCACUCAUCCUGAGUACAAGGAUGCACUUUGUAGAGAACAAAACUUGCGCAUUUAGUUUGACAAAAAUGAGUUUUUUUUAUCUUGGCUUGUGUGUUGUUUGUGUGUCAGAGGGUGAUCCAGCACAAUGCCCUAGAAGACAGGUCCAUCACGGACAAGCCCCAGUGGGAUGCGGCAAUCCAGUUCAUGGAGGAAACCCUGCAGUCACGACUCAAAGACAGUAUGUUAGCCAUGUUAGCUUCCAGUCAGGAUAAGUGGAGGAUCUAGUCUAAUUUACUCUUUCUUUUCUUUAAACAUGUCUUCUCUUUUGACAUCAUAUUUACUCUCUUUUUUUGUUGUAGCUGAGUCAGUAAUCAGGGAUAUGGUGGGUCCAGACUGGAAGCAGAGGUGGCUAAACUGGAAGAAUCGCACUCCAGAACAGGUCAGAAAAUGUCUUUACACCAAGUUAUCAUCUAUGCUAUUUAACACUAACUUUCCACCACAGAGGCAGCACUCACUUGUUUUCUGACCUUUCAGCAUAUUCGUAAUGAAACAAAAAACGAGCUGGAGCGCUUGCUGAAGCUUCACGAUGAUCACACGGCCUACUUGGCCAACGACGAGGUCACCACAGUCAGGAAGAACCUGGAGGGACGAGGAGUCGAAGUCGACCCUGUGCUGGUGAGAUCAAAAAUGUUGUGGUUUGAGGCUCUAAAAAAACACUGCAAAAAUAUGUGAAAGUAAUGAUGAAGAUAAUAGCUCAAUACUGUUCCUAUCACCAGUGUUUUGUCUUUUUCAUCAUCUUGAAUCAAACAAAUGGAAAAGUAAAUUCUGAUUUCUGUGAUUGUAGUUGCAGCAAAAUAAAGAGUGAAUAUUCCUACUAAAUAAUCAACUUUCUUCAUUUCAGAUCAAAGACACGUGGCAUCAGUUGUAUCGUAGACACUUCCUUCAGAACGCGCUGUCCCACUGUAGCCUCUGCAAAAGAGGCUUCUAUUACUACCAGAGACACUUUGUUGACUCUGAGGUAUUUCCAGAGAAGAACUUCUCCUGAGUUGUCUUUCAUGGACACCUUAUUUCCAGCUAAUUUUAAAGAUAAUCCAAAGCUAAGUUUGUGCCCUCAUACUUUUUCAGUUGGAGUGCAAUGAUGUGGUACUGUUCUGGAGGAUCCAGAGGAUGCUGGUCAUCACAGCCAACACUCUCCGACAGCAGCUCACCAACACUGAGGGUAAGUGUAAUGAACGAUUAGAUUCAAAAACAAGGUGGCCAUUUAUCAAGGUAAAACAGAGACUUUAGUUCGAUUUAGAAACCAAACCCUGCACCACAUAGCCCCAAAUUGUCACAACAGGUGUAACUGUUUGAAUUGGGUAUUGGUCACUGCUGGCCUCAGCUUUAUUAUAUAGUGUAAAACCAGCUACUCAGAUUGCCAAUAAUCAUUUGAUAAUAAAAUUGUUCCUUUUUCCAAUAUACACAAAUAAAUGUCCUGGAAGAAUAAUCGACCAUUUCAAGGAUGAGAAUAUAUGUUGAUCACACCAUUCAAUGAGAACAAUGAGAGGAAAAAUCUGAAGUAUUGUCGCUGAAUUGAAUAUUUAUUAUGCACUAUGUGUGUUUGUUCCUCCUUUUGUCCUCUUUAGUGCGUCGGCUGGAGAAAAAUGUGAAGGAGGUGUUGGAUGAUUUUGGGGAAGACUUGGAGAAGAAGAGCCACCUUAUCACCGGCCGUAGAGUCCAGCUGGCAGAGGAUCUCAGUAAGUCACUCAAAGACAUGACAGCAGGAAAAAGUAUUCAAGUUUUCACGGUAAACAGAAACAUCCGUUUGUUUUCGGGCCAAAGUGAAAAUUACAAAGCAGCUUUUUUCGAUCGCUACUUUUUUGUGAUCACUGAAGUGGUUUUUUACUGGUCACACAGUGACUUUGAUUUCUGAACAUGUUGAUGUUGUUCUGUAUUUAGUAAAGAUUCCUCUUUGUGGGAUGUAUCAAACUUGCCAGCAGGUGGCAGUGGUGCUUAAAAAAUAUGGUAUUGACCAGUUGCUUAGAGCAGUCCUAACACAGUAGAGCAUCAAGCUAAUGGAAUAACUUCAGUUUCACUCAUUGUUUCAUUGUCCCUCCCUUUGUAGCAUGUCUGUGUGUAAAGUAGGGCUGCUCAAUUUAGGCAAAAAUACUAUCAUGAUUAUUUUUGAUCAGUUUUGAGAUGACAACUGUUACUGAUUACGCAAUUACUGAUUUGACCACACCUGCAUCACAUACAUUCAUUGAACUUAAGCACUUUCGACUCUCUUAAACAUCCAAAAAACUUUAAAAAACACAAAUAAUGAAUAUGUGAAAGAUAUUUCUUAUACACAGUUAUUUUAUCCUUAUCUGACUCACUCUUCAAAACUGACUGGAUUAUUACAGCAGAACCAUAAUAGUGCUGUUGGUGACAGAGUGCUGCAUACUUCACUCUAAUUUUGAAGCUCUGACUUGAUUUUUCACUCAUCUGAGUACAGGACUUACACUUGUGUUAAAAGUCAAGGAUUUACGCUCUUCUACCACUUACAUUUUAUCACACGCUGUAAAUCUUCCCUAUCAGUCAGCCUGUUUAAACCUUCAUCUUUAUAACAUCAAGACAGAAGUCAAUAUUUUAUCAUCCAUAUACAGACGUCACAGAUUGUGUAGCUUGGCAGUUGCUGGCUCGUUAAUGCUGGAUAAUACUUUUUAACACCUUGCUCUGGGGCUCACUCUUGUCUCUUUGCUUUACACUCACACACACCAGCCUCUACCCUGUCAGUGCUAUAAAACACCCCAACUAUCACCAGUGGCUGCAUGAUUCUUUGUACUGCUGUAGCAUAACAUGUUGAAGUUACAAAGUUCCCUGCAUAACAUGUUUUGUGCCAUCCGUUACUUCUUCACCCUCCCAAAUUCGGUUGCACAUCAAUGUGUAAGCUUCUGAUGGGGACGUUUUAUAGUGUACCGGCCCCUUGAUGCAUCAGCCCACCAGGAAAAUGCCAUGUUCUAGAUUGCCAGUCCAGCCCCGGUCAGGGCUCCCUCCCCACUUCAUUUUAAAUACAGGUUGAAGUGAGAGUUGUUAGAGAGCAGUGGUAGACCACAGGCUCUGCUGUGAAAGCAGGAAGGGAGGCUGUGCUCCACUCGACAAAUUAAACAAAACAUGUACAAUUCCGCAGACAGCACAGUCAUUGUCUAUUCUUCAUAAUCCAAUUUUCAUCAACCUAAAAUGAGCCAAAUUUGUAAUUGUAAUCAUAACCUGAUUCAUCGCACAUCCUUGCUGUAGAAGUAUGACUGACCUUAGACAACAUGUACACUUGACAAAAUUUACCUGCUUGUGGUGACAGUCAUCAUACAGGCAAAGUGACUAACUGAAUUUUACUAUGAAUAUGAGACCUUACAUUUGUUUUUGGAAGCUGUGCUGUGUUCCAACUGCCAGGCCGUCCCUCUCAGGUUUACGCACACUUAAACACACAAACACAUAAGAUGGUCCACAUGCCUUGCAGACAAGCCCAGACCUGCAUGCACUUUCUGCAUCUUUGCUCAUCAGAUGCACACGUGCACACACACAUACGCACACAUAGAUUUUGAUGAUUGCCUCUUAGAUUUUACCAAAUACCCCCUCACUUACCCUGAUAAAGUUCGACUUUAAAUAACAAAACAGAUCUGUUAAAAAUGAGCACUAAGGAUUAUGUGAGGAAGGUGGCCGGUAUAUGUAGUCCCGCACCAGACAUCCACAAUUCUUGAUUGAUGGCAACUUUUGAAAAACAGACCUGUCAACAUCUGUAUCUGAUAUACAUUUACCACACCUGAGUUGGUUGAAUGCACAUUCAUGAUUACGUAUUUUGGAACUAAAGAAAAUACAAGAAUCACUUGGUUGGUUUAGAAAAAAGAAAAAAAUGUUGAAAAAUCAGUACAUUUGAAACGCCAUAAAUGAACCAGACAGUAUUGCAUAUUACUAGCAUGUUCUUUCUGUAUGUAUGUAUGGGUGGGAUGAGGCACUUCUGUUUAUGUUUGACGGAAAUGGUUACCACAGACAGACUGAAAAGGUCUUUGUUGUUUUUGUUUUUUGUACUACAUCAACUUCCCCUCUUAUAACUGACAAAUAUUCACAUGUAGGACUGUGCAGCUAGUGACCUGCUUUUAUUGUCUGGUGCUUGUAUGGCCUCUUAAAUCUCUUUAUAUUUAGAAGAAGAGGAUGAUUGAGACACACAUGUUGCAGGUUGAUACCCCUGACAGCAGUCUUGUGGAGUUGAACAAACAUGUGUUUCAUUAUAACAACUGGAAUUUUGCUUAUUUCAGUUGGUUAAAUACAUUUUGGUUGCUGUUUGUACGGUGGCACCAAAGUUGCAAUACUUGGUUGGGCCCUAAAUAUUUGGUCAUUUUUACCUAUCAGUCUCCUGAGAGCUCAUAUUAAGAGGUACAAUGAGGGUUGAUCCAUUUCUCACAGGUCCCACUCAUCUAAACAAGUGCAAAUUUACAAAGCAACACAUGACACUUGCUUCUAUCACAAAACUCCACGUGUGACAAACAAACAUUAUAAUAGAUCCUGUUACCACGGCUGCAUGGCAGCAUCAUUUAUACACUCUUAGCUCAGAAAUUCUAUUGUGACAAAAACAAAGGCCACACAGUUGAAUGAUGCAAGACUCUCAGUGGUUAGUUCGUGUGUGUUCGUGUGUGUGUGUGUUUGGAUCUGUUGACCAAGACUUGCAUUUAUCACCCUGGGACAACACACACACACACCUAGAAUGAUGUUUUCGCCCAGUUACCAGGAGUGUAAACACAGAUGUGUACCCAGAUCAUGUAUGAACAGGAUACUAACUGUGUUACACAUUUAAGCAAACAUUUCUGAUAGCAAACACAUUGCAGAGAGUAGAUUUACAAUGCACACAUUUGCAGGAAACUGUCUUUUGCUUUUUCUCUGUAUUGGAUUGUUUUAUUCUGGGAGCUCAGAGGAGAGGAGAGGGAAGAAGGCACACACUCCCUGACACACACUCUGAGUUUUUUCUCCAUUCCACAAACUGUGAGGAAUGCCCGGACCUGUCUGACCUUGCAAAUCCUAAGAGGCAAGUUGAUUCCAAACUUCCCCAAACAGGCAUGACAUUUCCAUUCCCACCAUCACAGACUCCGCUAUUGGAUAAAUGUGGGAAUGCAGUUUGAAUCUGUGGUGGGAUCUACAGGGUAGAAAAACACCUGUGCAUGCACCUUAGACCCUACCAACAGGGUUCUAGACCUGUAAAGGGUCAGGCAUGAGGACAUAGUUACUUUUCUCUGCAGUUGAUCCAUUUAUAUGUCAGUUCCUACCAGCUAGGGUUGAUCUUUUUUUAAUCAGAACUGACAAGAAUAUAAUCUGUUCAGCACCAAAGUUACCUGUAAAAUUAAGUGUAGUUUAUACUUUGGCUCUCAAUUAAAAUUCCUAGUGUUUGACAAAGAAAGCUUCAAGUUUCGCAUCAACAUACGUUAAAACCAGACAAGACUUGGAUGGUAGAAAUGUCAGAAAAUUAAUCUUAUAAAACAAAUAAAUUACUCUUAAUCCAGUGGGCUAAAAGUUGCGUACCAUAAACUGAAUUGUUCUUGGAGUCUGCCUGGAUAUUUUUUAUUUCUCUCAUCCAUGUGUCCCUCUUUCCUCUCAUGUCCUGACUGACUGUCAUGUCUACUUCUCAUUAGAUGCAUAAAAGUGUCCAAAAAAUACUGACACCGCUCAUUUUGUUUUAACCUGUAACAUUAUCAAAUCUGCUUCAAAUAUACCUCUCAGCAUGCCUAUACCACUCAGAGCUAAUUUUAUGCCGAAGCCAGACUUUUCUUCACCUCCUACCCAGAAAAUGUAUGUUUCCGAGUUUUAGCUUUGUCAAUCCGUCAGUUUGAGUUGGUGGGUGAGUGGAGGAUCUGGGUCAUUAGUCUUCUGACACUUUGCACAGCCCUUUCAGGGUAAUGCAGACUAGACCCGUGUGUGUAGGCGUGGGUAUGUGGGUCCAUCAGUCUAGACUGAACUGUGAUAGCUGGCUGAUGGGUAGACUCAGUUAUUCUCCUUCGAGCACAAAAUGAGUGAAGCCCUCAAGGUUCAGAAAGCUUUUAGACCAAAUAUUCUUAACAAAAAGUUGUAAAUGCAGAAAUGUUUGACUUGUGGUGGUUUGUUGUAGAUUUAAGCGUCAUGCAUAAGCAUCGAUAGAUCGGCAUGUCCAUUUACUGUGAUACAAUACUGUACCCAAAGCAAGGGGAAACAUGCGUUGUGUCUGUUUGCUUUAUGAUGAAAUCCAUUUCUAGAGUCAGACUUUAGGCCUGAAGCAUCUUGGUCAACACGGCAUCUCUGUAUCUUUAACAAGAAUGACUUUAUAUUUUAAUACAGUUUUAAAUCAGGAAUUUAGGGCACUGAUAAGAGUCGUCGCCCCUCGCCCUAUAUUUAGCCUGUUCGAAGACAACGGCUCAGAUCGCCUCAGGCCCAAACUAUGACCUUACCCCUGAGGUCAGCAGGCUUACAUCACAGGCUGCUUGAUCUAGCGAGCGUUUCUCCCACCUCACCAUUUCUCUGAGGGUCUGUGACACGGUCUGCUGUCUCUGUCAAAUUCUGUCCAGCUGACCCUGGUCCCCUCAACCCUCUCUUGACAAUGAGAUAGGGCGAAGGAAUGAGAAACAGAUUAGUGACCCUACCUUUGCCUCUCAGCCUCUUCUUUAGGAAAAGGAGGGAAAAGAGGAGGGAAAAGAGGGCUGGAGAGAAGGUGGGAGAAAGGAUAAACACACUGAACAAAAGCAGAAAUGUGUUCCCAGGGGCACUUUGUUGUAAAGUUCUGUUUGCCCCUACCCGCAGGCUUAUCGCUCAGGUUACAAAUACAGGUCAGGUGUGUGCGUCCAUGAGUGAGGCCGUUAAUGAGUAGCACAAUGUGCAAAAAGGUGUGUGUGCUUGUCAGCGUGUGCCAGACCAGCUGUAUGGCACAGUGCCGUCUCUGGAGCAGCGCCCAGGCCUAAUGUUCAAUCACAAUCACAGGCCUCCAAGGAGACCACAGGGAUGACGCUUGGCUGCUUCAUUGCCCUUCAUAGAAAAUGUGUGUAUGUGUGUGUGUAGUGGUGGAGAAAAUACCACAGAGUUUGAUUUGAAAAGGUUCCUGCCCCGACACCAGAGUGCCUCCAGAGUUACUACGUAAUUGUGAAGUUUUGGAUAUCAUAUUUAAUAUUGUGUCAUUACUAGUUAAGUUAGUGUUGCAAAGUAGGUCUACUGUAAUGUUGUUACUAUGGGCCAUGAAAUCAUGGUUUUGUUUCCCAUCCAGAGAGACCAUUGUGUUGGCAUGAUCCCUCUGUUGCACUUUCACAGAUGCUUGUUGAUGCUGACCACAGGCGAGGUCGUCUCUCUGUCUCAGUUUACAAACACGCAGUGCGCUGCAGAGAUGGUAAACACAAAGACAGUCUUAUCCUUUUAAAUGUGAGCUCAAAAACUGAAACGCUGACUAACUCUCACUUGUUUAUCACUUAGAAAUAAGAUCAAAUUAAAAAGCUACUCUUAAAUUUUAUUAAAAUUAUUUUUUUUAAACUUAAUGUUAAUCCUUCAAAAUGAAACUUUGUUCGUGGGGGAGGUGACUCAGGUUGCAGAUUGAGCCUACAUGGGUACUUUCUGUCUAGUUAUUUGGGAUUUUGGAUUAGGUUUGAUUAAUUGAAGAUGUCUUUUCAUAUAGAGCUUGACUUAAUUCCAUCUUUUCGAGAGUGUUCGCUGGGAGUGUUGAAGUCACUGGGACUGUAAAGUCCUAUUCAACUGGUCGACUUAUUGGUCGAUACGCGCUGAGUCGACUAAAAUUCUGAUUGGUCGACUCGAUUUUUUUUCUGCGUCAGUUUACAGUCUAUGGUUAAUUUCAUUAGGAGGAACAUAGGGUCUCGGAACACCCCCCUUAUUUUUACCAUUUUGGAUUUGCCCAACCCACUGCAGACUGGCUGGAGACAGGAAGAUUGAAGAGUGUGCACAUUGAUCGACGUCCAGUGUUUUGCUGAAUAUUUAUUUGUAUUUUGAGCAUUUAAACUUUAACGUGAGUCCUUCUCUACCAUCCAUGUCCUCUACCACCCCGCCCCAGAAGGGUUUGCCGUCAGUGCCUGAACCCCCGCCCCUCGAUUAGUCCAUUUCUGGUAAAAAAUUUCAGGGUUUUAUUUGACCAAGAUUUUCUUUGGUUGAUUGCAGUCCUAGAAGUCACUGUUAAAUAUUUUAAGUCAUCUCAGGACUCAUCUAAUUGAGAAAGAGGAUUCAGGCCAUGUGUUAUGUGAGUUUUUUUUUUUCAUGACAUUUCAUUCAAGUAGAAAUAUUUACAUGAGCUGUGCAAUAGCUGCAAAUACCCUUGAGUUGAAAAAAGUGUUUCUUGCGUUUAAUUGGCACAAAGUUAUUAUAUCUAAUAAGAUAUUGUCAUUGUAACUGUUUCUGUUGGUGGGACUGAUAUAUAGGAACACCUGGCCUAAAUAACCUUUUACAAGUUCACCAUCUAGAUUGUUGGCUUGUUGCCACCAGCCAGUGCGAAGAUAUGCAUGAUUGUGGAUAUCAGCUUUUGAGUUAAGGCUGUUAGAGGGUGAAGGAAUUAAAGGUGCUAACAGAAGGGGCUUUAAAGAACAUUGAUAAUAUAUAAAGUGUUAGCAUGUUUGCACACGCCAUUACUUUCUCCUUUUCCUUUCUCCUGUGUGGAAACAGAAUACAAUAAAGCUCUGGAUGUCUGGGCUUGCUCACCGGAAUGCCCUCUCAGCCUCACGCUCACUGUUUCCUUUCAUCUCCUCCCCCUCCUCCUCCUCCUCCUUUGAGCAGCUUCCUCCGGAGUGAUUAGUGUGGAGGAGUUCUGCUCUGUAGAGGAUGACGUACCGUCUUAAGGUGUUGUGUCCACAUGUGGCUGUUGUCAGAGGGGAAAGAGCCAUAGUUUAUCAGGACACUGCUGUGGCUCCUGCAUAAACCUUACAGCUGGUUCAUGUUUUCUGUGUGGCUUUGUAAGGGUUGGCAGGAAAUCAGCCUGGACAUCUCUUGGUCUUUUGACUUUUGUACAGUAUUUUUGAGCGAGGCCUUUCGACCUCUGACUAUAGAAAGCUCAUUAGUCCCUGUCAGGUGACAUAUGUUCUCAGAUUACGCGUAAAAACAAAAACCUUAACUUUACACUCCUAAAUGAAAGAAAACAAAUUAUUUUUCAGAUUGCGAAAAACUCAGGUUAUAUCAAAUAUUCCUAUGCUUAUAACUGUAUUAUUUUAGCAUGUUUAUAUUUACACCAUGCAUAGGUUUAUUAAAUCUAAUUAGAUUCCUCACCUUUUCUAAAUAUUGCUGCCAACAGUUUGCUCCGUUAUCAAUCAUUUUAGUUCACUCUGUCAGCAAUCAUAAUUUAACAUCAUAUUAUCCUAAAAUUGUUGCUGCAGCUGACAGUUCACAGCUAAUUUACAGAGUUUAUUCAGUCUGUGCAUUGAUGCAGUUUAAUAUGCUGCAUGCCGUGUGACUGUAAACCACUGCACAGGUGAGAUAGUCUUGCGCUUUUCUUUGUACUUGUUGCACUGAAAGAGGUUGAAAUUUUGACACAAUUUAUUUGCCACUUUUUUUUUCAACUUUUUUUCUCCCCCUAAUAUUAGUGUGAGUCCAAACAACUCAAUAUCUGUACUUUUACAACCCUGGUUGUUGAGGUUGUUUUAACCUCAAAUUGUUUUCGUGUAAAGGCUAACCCACAUGAGUCGGCAUCUCUCAAAGUUUGGUUUUCCCUUGCCGUACCACAUCGCAAUUCAGUGUCGGUGUAAUCACGUCUCGCUAAGGAAGGAGUCUGUCUAAAAGUCUGUUCUUCAGGGGUCAAAAAUGCCACCUUUAAGAGAAAGAUGUUAAAACAGACAAAAAAAUAUGCAUUUUAAAAAGUAUUCGUAUCAUUGUAGACAUGGCCCGAGUGUGCACUUUGGGAACGUGGGGGUGGUUUUGCGCAGUGAGAAAGUGGGCAGACUGUCUGCUCUCUGGCACAUUGGGGACUGCUGCUCCUGCUUGAACUCAUACUUCAACAUGACCUUUCAUGAAUUUGAAUUACUUCCUCUAUUGUUUUGUUUCUCACUCUUCACUUUUCUGCCUAUUGCCUUCCUCUGAAUCUCAUCGAGCCUCCUUAUUUUUUCUUCCUCUCUCUUUUUUAGCCCCCUUUCUUAUUCUUCAAUGCAACAUCUCUUGAAAAUUUUCUUGACACUGUUUUUAAAUCUAACAGACUCUGUCAGGUUAAACUACGGAGGCUCUGCAGCAGUACAGUACAGGUUUGUUUUUUCUCAUAGAGGAAGAAACCUCAAGCUGCAGCUACCAAAUGAUCCAUUUUCUCCACAAAGAGUAGAUCCACAGUUGUCAUAAUACUGGCACAGACAAGUCUCCCCCAUUCAGUCUUUAUCUAGUCUCGUCCUUUAAUGUGUGAAAGCGACACCAGCACUAAUUAUACUUUAGUCUUUGUCCACUACCUGUGUCCACUUCUUAUCUUAUGAUAGCUUUCUUUCAUCUUUGUCUACUGGUUAAGAAGAGGUCAGUACUGAUGAAAGACAUUCUUGUCCUAAGAUCAACGACACAAGACCUCCUCUAAGAAUAAAACUGUUUUCAUUUGAUUCUUUCAUUAACCUUAAGUUAAAAGAAAAAACACUCAGGUCAUGUUUCUUUUGGUAAAAGUUUUUAAAGUCUCCUAUAAAGUUUGAAGUCUGAAGUCGUCUGCUUGUGUGUCUUCCACAAAGUUUUACUUUUCCACUCCUACUUCAGUUUCUCUGAAGAAGCAUGACUGAUCUAAGGCAUGUGGCAUCUGUCUGCUGCUGACUCCUCUGCGUUUACCUUCCCCUCUCUCAUCAAUACAGCUGCCUUGUUUCUUAUUGUCUCCUGUCUGAUAUGUUCAGCUUUACACUCUCAACCUUUUCAGAAACUAUUGCAAAACAACAAAGCCACCCCAUUUCCUGCUCUUUUCUUUCUCUUCCUCCUGCACCACACUCCUUUAAGGCCUUACCUAAGCAUCUGCCACCAUUUACCAAAAUCAUGACCUAUGAUUUUUCCUACUUUUUUAUAAUCUACCUCUUGCCCCUCCCUUCCUCAAAGUCUUUAUUUCUUGCCUGCAUUCACUCCUGUCUGUCACAGCUAGAAUAAGGAACAGCUAUAAUUCCCCUUUUGCAGACACAAUGUUACCCUUCAAAACACCACAGAUAAUUACUCUCCUUGAAAAUCAUGAAAUAGUAUUUGAACUGUAACACACUCGUUUUUUGCCCGAGAGUCUCUGCAUUGUUUCUCAGAUAUUCAAAAAGCUUGUAAAGUCAUUUCAGUCGGAUUUAAUCGACUGAUAAACAACCUCCAGGUGAUGUAGCUGUUUCUAAAUACCCUCCCUAGACACAAACUCAGGAUAUAAAUCCAGCAGACUGAGGAAAUGAGGAAAAGAGCUGUGUGUUUUAGAUGACAGUCAAUCUAGUGGUGAUAAUAGAAGUGGUGAUAAAAAAGUAAAACCAUGAUGGAGGAUGUGAAGCUGUCUUUUAUUCUCUUCAGGGAGCAGCAGCGAGAGAGAGAGAGUGUGGGAAAAUAGGAACGUGAAGGAGAUGUGUGAUGGGAGGGGAACUCCAGCGAGGCUUCUGUUCACAUGUUUCCAGUACAGUGUGGCCACCAGGGACACAUUCUCACUGAUCUGCCUGUCACUCACACACACAUGCACGCACAAAGACGUGACAUCAGUUGCUGGUGGGGAUGAAGUAAUAGGAAAACCAUAUGAUCCCUCGCUGUGGUAAAAAUGCAAACCUAAGGUCAGAGUUUUCUCAUACCAUGUGCAACAGCCCAAAAGAAAGUGUUGUGAACACCAUCUUGAUGUUUAGAAAUUCUGAAAAUCAUUUAAAAAAUUCUGUGUUUUAUCAUUAAAGUCCCACUCCGAUCUUUUUUUUUUAUAUACUUAAAGUGUUAUCGGUGGUCUGUAAAUUCUGAGUAUGAAGUUUUUAGUCAAAAUCGUGUUUCCUGCGUCAUUUUUAAGGGCUUUUCUCCUGCAGAGCUCCAGUAGCUCAUCAGCAUUUCGCCUCUGAGUCGUGGGCGAAGACAGCGCUGUUCUGCACACUCCUCUUCAUGCUAGCUUGCAGCCUAACAUUACUGGUGUAGUAGAAGUAGCAGGUAACAUAGGAGACAAUCAUGUCUUUAGGGACAUGAUGAAAGCUUGUAUUAUUAUUAACUUUCUUACAAGCGCUGCAAUCCGCUAACGCACAUGCUUGUUCAGCGAUCAUCCUCCUAUUUCUCCGAUUGUGACCUGCAUAACGGGGCUCUGGGGGCGGAGCUUGCAUUUGCUAUGAAACUGCCGUUUGGGUCUGCCAGAGAUUCACAGCGAUUUGAAUGCAGAAAUACUCAGAAAUGCAAUUUCGCACUUAUUUUUCUCAUGAUUUGUCCUGAAGCAUCAGAAAAAUGCCAUAAGAACGUAUAAAAAAAACCAAGAAAAACAUGAUUUUCAUCAGAGUGGGAAAUCAGCACGUUCCAAAAGGCUUGUACUUCUCUGAUCAGAUGAUGCUGUGUGUAUUGUGUUGUGAAAGAAGUAAACUUCUGCAGCAAAGGAAUUUUCCCCUUUUAAAGGUUCAGCAGGCAAACACCUGCCGUCCAUCGGCUCAAGCAUUUGGGUCUUUGCUAGAGGCUCAAAAGAAUUCCAGGUGCGUUCGCUGUCUUUGCAGUGUUAUAUGGUUGUGCCGGUGGGUGGCCUCCUGAGUGGCUGAAAAUAUGUAGGUACCUGAAGGCACGGAAAACUGCCAUAUCCAUCUCCAUCAUCCUGUUUGAUUGGCUGAUUUGGGAUAACCUCUGUGUCAAGAACGGAGAGAAGGUGAUUCGAGAGCCAUCUUUCUUAUUUGGACCCAGGCAAUCUCAGAAACCCAUCAGCCAUCCUCCGCCGGUGUUAAGCUUGAAAGAGUGAUGGGGAACUUUUUGGACAUUCCAGUGUGGCCGCCAUUUAAUCAUGUGCAGCUCUAGCAGAGACAUACUGUGUUCUGCCUGCUUUUGCUCUCCAUCAAAGCCUGCUGCUACAUGAUCGGUCACUUGGACAAGAAAAACUCCAUCCUGACCCCAGGCUAUGGAUUCUACAUUUUUUGUUGAAUCUAUAAAUUGAGAUAAACCCCAGAUUUCCACAGAGCUGUACGCACAUGUGCAAUUUCAGACUGCGUUUGUGCUCACUCCAGAGCUCAGCGUUGGUUACCUCAGUCCUCACACCUGCGGCUGAGUCAGCAGAAGGGAGUUUUCUCUGGAGGAUUAUGACAGGAUCUCUGUUAAACCAGAGCCGUCAGCCUCACAUCCUUUGGCUCUUGUAGCUACUCAAGAUUGAUUGCCACUUAGCCUUAGCAAAGGGCUCCAUUUCAGGGCAAAAAGGUGGGCCCUGGAAAACUUCAAACCUGUGACUUUCUGUGAUUUACACCAUGAGUUAUAAGUCGACUUACUGUCUCAGACCUUUUUUACUUUUGAGAGUGUGUAGACCACUGUUGACUUCUGGAUAUGGAAUUAAAGUUCUGGUCACCUGAAGCUCCUUGCUCUUGGUCCUUUUUCUGUAUUGGUCCUCUUUUACUCGUAUUCAUGAGGCCGAGGGAUAAAUCAACUUGAAAAUGUUGUCACCUUUUCCCCGUCUUUACAGCCCCCUGCUCCAAAACCAUCUGAAAUGUCUGGCACUUCAAAGGCCCAAGCAGUCCGUGUCAAUAAAACCUGCAGAAAAACAGCCCAACAACAGUCAUCACCUGGCUUUUUCAAAGGGUUUUGCCAUCUCUUUUUUCCUGUUUUUGUUUAGUCUGCCCCAUGGCUGACCCCAUACUCUGACCUGUUCAGCCCCAUGCAUGUCUUUCUCCACGUUAGGCUGCUCUCUUCCAGGCAUCUGUUUUCUAGAUAAGCGCGGUGUGAGCGAGCGUUGAUUCAUAGCUCUGUCACUGACAUGGCGUUUGGGCCGUUGACAUCCCAGCUCUCCCUGUGUCCGUAUCUCCCGUGGCUCCCCUUUUAUAGUGUGACACACCAGAUUUAGUGACAAAUCAAACAGUAUACUGAGGGGAAAAUGGCUUUUCUGUUUGUUACAUUAAGAGAUCUGCUUUCAGUGAAGGAAACAGCAGAACACAGGUAUGAGAUAUAAAAAGUUCCCUCCUGUUGAUGACAGUUCGGGACAGGAACCAAGCCCUCUGCUCUGAGCGCUCGAGUGACCGUGCUGUGAGCUUCUGCUUGGUUUUCAGUUGGAAAAUCUGUAUCAUUGGAAAUAUUUGGUUGCCUUUUAUUAAUAAAAUACACUUUUUUGUAGCAGUGAGCAGUUAAGAGUUAUCUUUUUUCUCUCUGUCUGUCUCUUCUCUCCUGAGUUAGCUGUUUGUCCAUUAAGACCAUGCAGUUUCUCAGUCUAAUUACAGGUCAAUUAACAGCUUUGUGGCUCAACCCUCCUUCAGGCAGAGCUCUGGCCAUUUCAGGCUUAGGAGACACUACAGAGUGAGAGUGAAUGAGAUAUCAUUUCAUGUGGAGAUCAGCCGAGAGGCGGCAUUGAAAGAGGGGAUUGGGAGGGAAAGGCUCCCCCUUCUGUCCCUCUCUCUGUCCCUCCACCCUUGCCAACCAACACAGCAGCCUGCAUCUUAAAGCACAGGGCCUCUGGGAUAGAGGCCAGGGGAUUAUGGAAAUAUUCAUGACCAGAUAAAGGGGUGAGCGGUUGAAUGACUGUGUUUUGGGGCUCAUCUCUUAGGUAAACAGGGGCCUAAAUGGAGUUUUAGAUCACUACUCCCACUGUUGCUCAGUGAGCACCAAGCAAUAGUGACUCUGUCCACUGUUUUUUGUUGCAUUUCAACGGGACAGUGAAAAGAAAGCCUUGUUGUGGCCUUUUCUUUAGCUUGCUCAUGUCUUUUGGUAGCAAACAGAUGGUGCUGGGGGAAAUAAAUAUCUGUUUCUCACAGUUUUUAUCCAUAGAAUAUUGGCUUAUCUGAAAGACACCAUUCCCAUACAUCUGUGGUGGCCUCUUGGGCUCCUUAAAGCUGCUGAGGGCUCAUUUUUAAGUCAUUAAGUGUCCUGCUGUCAGGGGAAGCUUAACAGGCUUUGCUGUUGCAGUUAUUACCAACCUUGCUCCAAAUAUGGUCCAGCAUUAAUGCACAUGUCGUCGGGCAUAGGUAAGGAGGAUGGAUGGCUGGUAAUCGUAGCCUCAAGAGAACAGAAUAUAAUCCAAAAUGUAGGGGUGGGAGAAAAAAUUGAUAUGGCAUAGUAUCGCGAUAUUUUGUCUGGUGAUAUAUUGUAUCAUCUUGUUAACCAAGUAUCAAUUUUUUCCAAAUUAAUUGCUAAGAUGUAGUCAAAUAUAUGAUAAUGGAGAAAUAAAAUCAACUUUUUGUCCAGUGAGGUUGGCAGAGGUCACAUCAUGGAGCAGGACAAAGUACAAGUAUAUAUAUAAGGUUUGCAAGAUGUGCCACAUGAAAAUAAAAUACAGCGUAAAUAAGACAAACAUAAAGGAAAGGCAAAUGCUAAAUUAGCUAAAAAGUUGAAAAAAAUUGUAUAAAUUGCAAUAUAUAGUAUUGCAACACUCACUGUUUUGCAAAAUGUUGAAAAUUGCAAUAGUAUUAAAUCGUGGCCCAAGUAUCGGGAUAUUAUCGUAUUGUGGGGCCACUAGUGAUUCCCACCCCUACAUAAAAGUCUGAAAACAGAUCUGUAGGUUUGAAGGCAAAACAAAUACGGUAAGUUUCCAGCAGUUUUUGAGUUUUAUAAAAAAAAAAGAAAAAGUAUUUUACCGUUUAAAAGUGAAAAGAAAAAGCUGAAGAAAAUUAAAUUUGAGGCAGGAAACUUGAAUUUUGCAGAAGUGGUGGUGCAUGUCCUGGUUUAUUAGUAGACUACAACUUUCAACACUAUCAUAGCCUGAAAUCAUUCACCAUGCCAGUAGGAGGCAGGCUGGCAGUAGCAGAUGUACUAAAAAGAGCUACAAAGCUGCUUCUAAACUACUUGUUGAAGUGGUCAGUGAACUAAAGGUUGCUGCGUGGUUUCAGUUGACUCAGGUGUUGAUGGAUAACCAAAUGAUUUUCAGCCUCUUCCCAUGAGCUCAGCCAAUCUUUCCUCAUCAGAAGCCCUCUCAUCUACUUCCUCUGUCGCUGCUGCCCCCUGUGAUUAUUCAGAUCUUCUCGUCUCCGUCCAACAGUAGGAAGGAUCUUUAAUAUUUAACCUGUGUGAAGUGCCCUGCAUCUGAAACAUCACCAGCCACAUCUGAACCCAGGUAGCAGCUUUGAAGCCUGAGCCAGGGGAUUUCCCAUGUUUUGAUGAUCUGACAGUCAGCACCCAUCUCUCUUCACACCAACCAAAACUCCACCCUUCCUUUUUUUCCCCUCCAGGUUGGACAGAUGUUGGUAAUCCUCCUCUGAUUGGCCUGGAUUGAGUCAUGUUGUCCUGUGGUCAGGACGCACAGCCCACAUGGUUGAACUCUGUCAGUUGUCUUUGAGCCGUGCCCUGCGGUGGGCUGCAUGCUGGAAUGGCGUACCGCGGGGUUAUGUUUCAUUCAACCCCACACCUGCUGCAGCGACUUGUCAGCAUGCCCCUUGACAGGCCCCCUUAAUACCUCCAUUAGGUGUUGUAAUCUCCACCUAACGCCCUGCCAUUUCGCCUGAGUGUGUUAACAGAGUAUCAAAGACCGGGGAUUUUUUUUUUUCUUCCACCUGCCAGCGGUGAGAGUGUAGGAAGGUAAAAGGAGGUGGAGGUGGCAUGACUGUACAGCUCUUGCUGAUUUUCAAUACAUUAGGGCAGGUUGGAGCCGUGUGUUUUUUUAGGGCAGAGCUUUUCUGGCUGUCAGUUGAUUUUUUUUUUACAAGUUCUGCCUACCUGUCUGCUUCAGUGUUGUGCAUGUAGAAGUGUGUGUGUUUUCCUGCACUUCUCUGCAGCCCCUCUUGUGUUUCGGAACGUGUGUGGGGGUGUGCCUGCGUCUCUCCCAACCGUGUGCUAUUCAUCCAUCAGGAAAAAAGAUACCUCAGCAGCCGUGCCCCCCAUCAAAAGGGGCUGCACUCACAAGCCCCCGAGUACCAUAUUCAGUUUCACUCCAAAGCACGCACACAGUUAUCACCUUUGUGCUGACCUGAAAUGGACACUUAGGACACUGUUGCUGCGAGGUCCAAACCUCAAUGAUUUAUCCCCCCUCAAAACGCAAGAGCCUUCUUCAAACUGUGUUUUCACCGGGCCGCCUCUUGAGAAAACAAUCAACAAAAGGUCGCCUAUGGAUCUCAUGUGGCUGAUUGAUCAAGAUAGUGCAGUGCUAGUUUGUUCUUCUGAGCCACUGUUUGAGUUUGUGCUUGGGGGAGAUCCAGACAGAUUAGCAAGGGUGACAGGGAAGCCUGAGCAGCAGCCAGGGCCUGAAGGUGCAGCUGGCAAUGCAGAGCCACUGCUUCCUUUUUCUCUGUGUUGGCCCACAGACUUCCUUCAGCCACUGUUUAAUCAGCGAUUAAGACUGCUUUAGGUGGCUCGCUCAUCUCGUGUGACAGUACAUGUUGGCUGGAAGGAUUGCUGGUCUUGUGCUCGUCCGCGGACAAUGAGAGCGUAAUCGUGAAAAGAAGUGACUGACUGUGUUUCCAGUAGAUUCCCCUCUUUCAUGUGAAAUGUUGUUGUUAUGGUAUCUCCUCCUGUCCAUUAGCAAUGUGCCCGUGAGCUAGAUGUCAUGAAAAGGGAAGGGUGAGAGCUUUGAUGUGGUCUUAGCUAACUGGGAUAGGGUACACAAGCCCUCCUCUAAUGUGUGAAGCAGGGCUGGCUUGAGGUUUGGCUGUCAUGUCAGAGGGGACCAUCUGGUGCCUGGAUGAAAAAUUGGAGGGAAUUUCCACCUGCAAAAAUGUAUGCCCAAAACAUUUAGAGAUGCAUCAUAUUUAUAUCAUCAUAUUAUUAUUAAUUUUUUAGGUAAAUAUAUAAUAGUAAUGGAUUUUUGAUGUCUUUAAGAAACUUUUAAUAGACUUUAUACAAGAUUAUUUCUAUUUUUAUGGGUUUCCUCAGCAGUAGAUAAACAUUUCUUUUUUGUAUUUGCUUUGUAUCCAUAUUUUAUGUAUUUAUGAUGGAUUUAACUAGGGGUGUCACGAUACGAUAUUGAUAUCGGAUAUCAGUCGAAUCCGCAAAAAAAGAAAUAAUAUCGGAUUCUAUCAGCCUGCAUCUAAAAUCGCUGAUAUCAGCACUCCGAUACAAGCAGUCCAUUCCAGACUCCACUCCAGCAUCUCUAUCUAGCAGCGCCCUGAUCCAACAGGCUGAGCCCACAAAAUCACAACAUUGGUGUGUACUGAGAUACUAACAAAGUAGCAAGGAGUAAGAGUGAUGUUGGCUGUGUGGCAGUAUUUUUUGUCGAAGUCCGAAAAAAGACAUUGCAGCUGAGUGAAAAACUUGUCAUGCAGAAUUUUGUGCCAAUGUUGGAUCAAUAUCAGUAUCGGUCAAUAUUGAAGGCUACAAUAUCGGUUUUGUAUGGGAAGUCAAAAAGUUGUAUUGUGACACUUCUAGAUUUAACCUCAACUUGCUUUGUCUUCUCUUCUGCAGAGAAAGUUCGGGAGAUCCAGGAGAAACUUGAAGCCUUCAUUGAAGCUCUUCAUAAGGAAAAAUAAGAGAAGCAGGUGAAAGUCAACGGAAUCAUUAUUAUUAUAAAAUUCUUGGAUAGUAGUGUUCAAAUAUAUCAAUCAUGUUAUUGUCUGUGUAUCUGAUCUGUUCUCCUUUUCUUGUUUUUCUUCCCAGAACUGUUUCGAUUCAUGGAUCACAACACAGAAAUGCACUGAACAAAGACGACUCGAUAUGUAAAUGACUUUAGUCACCCUGCUCCUCCAUCACUCACCCGAUUUUAAAACCUGCCGCUCGGCUUCCCGUCCCCUCUUACCACUGAUGGACCUUAACAGGGGAAAGUUACGACACGACGGAUUUCAAGCUUUCUCAUCAACUUUCUUGUUGGAGGGAGACUUCUGUAUAGAAGCAGAGGAAAAUGAGAAGUUUGACCUGACCACUCAUUCUCAGUAAAUUAAGACGGGGGAACAUGUUUAUCUCCUUUUUUUUUUUGUAGCUGAUGGUAUCUGUGUAUAUAUGAUUAGAAGUGUGUGAGCUCUGAUCUCUGUACAAAGAAACACCAUCGGUACGCUUCUGGUGGGUUAAGUAGCCUUGAGUUUCAUACCUUUAUUUUGCCUGAUGCACCGAGAAUACACAGCUACAUGGCUUAUCAGAAGCAUCUUCAUCCAUUUGACAGUCAUCAGCUCUUUUUUUGUCGCACUUAAGAUCCAAAGCACUUAAGUUUUACCUCUAAGCUGCAGCUGUACUCUUCAUUUCCCAUAAUUAUCACCCCAAGUCACAAGAAAAAAAGUCAACUACCUGGUUCAAUGUGCAGCUCUCUUCAACCUUUUGUUCAGAUACAAAAUCCGCCUCCUAACACAACACAAUCAGCUCCAAUAUGAUAUAAAAAACCUGUUUUUAUUUUGAUCUUUGGAGCUACUUUUGACUAUUCAUUGUUUGUAUGUUUGCCAAAUGCUCAUAAUGUACCUUGUGUUCUUGUUCCUGUCCGUGCGUAAUGUAGUACUCCUGUCUUCCUGCAUUAAUAAUUCAUCAGUUUUCUCCCAGUGCUGCAAAUAACAGAUGAUAACCAAACUCAUAAAAGCGACCGGACACAGUAAUUACACACCAAUUCAGGAUGUCGCUAAGUUGUCCAUAAAUUUGAGGAAAGUACAGCAGGUUUUAACAUUAUCUGGUACAAUAACAUUUUCUGUUAUUUUAACAGAUAAUGAGACUCAGUUGUCAGCUAAAGGUAAAAGUGUCAGUUUUAACUCUACAUUAUAAGUCAUUAGAAAUAUUACAGCAUAGGUUCAAAGUGUCUAGUAACGGUUUAAAAAUACAUUAUCAACCACUUUGGGGGUGAAUUUGUUUGAUUUGAACGCCAUUGCUGUCAUUUUUUUUACACUUCAUAUUUAUACAUUUUUAAUUUACUGGUUUCCAUCUUUUCUGGGUGGUCCAGUUUCAAAGGAGUGGGUGGGUUGUCUUGCUGGACUUCUAAACUGCUUCACGUUUGUUUGUUAUUUCAUAGGACAGUUUUUUCCUACACAUACGCAGCACGGGUUCUUUUUUUUUCUCUCUCGUUUCCCCUUCUGUCUCUGAUUGAGUGGUUGUUGUGAUCUCCUGCUUUUCACUACUUAAUGAGGCAGAUCACACAUUUAAACACCAAGAUAAAAAAUUCUCUUCCUUUAAAAACGUCCUUUAAAGCUAAGGAGACAAAAAGAAAACUCCUCACAUGGUGGGUUUUUUAAAUGUUUAUGCUUCUGUCCUCUCACUGAUUCCUCCAGAAGUCACUGUCCUUGACAGGAUGUUCCCACACGGCUCCCAAUCUGCUUCUUCCUCAUUCUUGUCUUUACAUCGGUCUUUCAUUCCCUUCACGACCAUCCGCUUAUUCUUCCUAGCUUGCAAAACAGUCUAUGAUGAUGUUGACUGGAAAAAGGGGGUGGAGAUUGUGCUAACCUCACCCAGUCAUUCAUUCAUGUGUAUAUGGGUAUAAAUAUAUAUAAUAAGCCGUGCAUCUGUACAGGCAGAGUUAGAGGGAAGUCAUGGAUCUAUUAUCAUGUACAGCACGUGUCCAUGCAGAGUGAGUCACGUGUGUCGGAGAAAAACUGGUGCGUUGGUUCAAAAAAUGUUUUAUGUUGUAGAAAGUAAUGUUUGCAUGGUGUACCCCAUCAGAUGUGCUUUAUUUAUUAAAUUUGUGUUUAAAGGAAAAAGUGAAAAUAAAAUUGACAAAUAAAAAGGCCUUUUUCAUGACGUGUCAGCCCAGUGCAUCGUCAUCCAGAUCA